AGCUCCUGAGCAUUCACCAGCUGAGAUGUCCUGCCAGCAGAGCCAGCAGCAGUGCCAGCCCCCUCCCAAGUGCGCCCCCAAGUGCCCUCCCAAGUGCCAGACCCCAAAGUGCCCCCCUAAGUGUCCCCCUAAGUGCCCCCCUAAGUGUCCCCCUGUGUCUUCCUGCUGCAGCCUGGGGUCUGGUGGCUGUGGCUCCAGCUCUGGUGGCUGCUGUGGCUCCAGCUCUGGUGGCUGCUGUGGUUCCAGCUCUGGAGGCUGCUGCAGCUCUGGGGGUGGUGGCUGCUGCCUGAGCCACCACAGGCCCCGCAGAUCUCUUCGUCGCCAUCGUCACAGCUCUGGAUGCUGUAGCAGUGGUGGCAGCAGUAGCUGCUGUGGCAGCAGCGGGGGCAGCAGUGGCUGCUGUGGCAGCAGUGGUGGCAGCAGUGGAUGCUGUGGCAGCAGCGGUGGCAGCAGUGGAUGCUGUGGUGGCAGCAGCGGGGGCAGCAGCCAGCAGUCUAGUGGCUGCUGCUGA